AUGGCUAGCGCAGGCGGCCUCGGCGCGGCGCCGCGCGUCACGUACGGCGUCGUGAGCCUCCCAGGCGACCGCUACGGCUCCCUCAACCAGGAUUGGGCCGGCCACACGCUCAUUACGAAGGAUUCGGCGACGGACAAGCACGAGAACGUGCACGCGAAGCCGGCCAAGGGGCUCUCGCGCAUCUCGAUGUCGUUUCGAAGACGCGAGGAGCGCAAGGAGGAGGAGAAGAUUGCGCAGAAGCAGGGAAACACCGUCGACAUGACGCCCAAGACCGUCUCCCGGCGCUCCCUGAUGCAGGUUCCUGCGGCCAAUGGCGCCGACACGAGCGGGCACGGGGAGCCGUGCCUGUGCGUGUGCGUCAUGGACGGCCACGGCAUCCUCGGGGAGCGCGCCGCGAUGGUCGGCGGGAUGUGGGUGCUCAACGCUGUUCAGGAGGCGCGGUGGGAUUUGAGCGCGCUGGUGCUGAAGGGCGAGCACGAGCUGGAGACUACGUUGACUCAGAUCUUCAACGACGCGCACGCGAAGGUCAUCUCGACCUACAGCGACGCCCCGAAGGAGUACCACUAUCCGCAGGGCGUCCCGCACGCCGUCAAGUACAAGAUCAAGCAGAUGAUGGGCUGUCCCGUGUACACGCCGACGAACAGCCGCGUUGCGGAGCCGCGAUUGAUAGAGUUCGGCAGUACUGCAACAGUGGUGCUAGUACAGGGCAGCAAGCUCUGCGUGGCGCACUGCGGCGACUCCCUGGUCGCGCUGGGCCGGAAGGGCGCCAGCGGGAAGUUCACGGGCUCGAUUCUGACGCGCCGGCACACCGGGAACGACCACAACGAGUGCAAGCGCAUUCAGACGCACUUUGGGCACUGCACUGGCAUCGGGGAGGACGGCUACAUCGGGAUCCGGACGGGCCCGUGGCAGGGCUUCGAGCUGGCGGUCACGCGGGCGAUCGGGCACAAGCUGAUGGAGUCGUACGGCGUGGUGGCGGCGCCGACUGUGCAGGUGAUGGAGGUGCCGCCGGACGCGUGCUGCUUGGUGGUGGCGACGGACGGCGUGUGGGACGCGAUGGGCGCGCAGGACGUGAUCGACCUGGUGAUGGAGGAGGUCCAGGGCGGGGCGUCGCCCGAGCAGGCGGCAAAGGCGCUGGCGAACAAAGCGAUUGAGCUGCAGUGUCUGACGGGGGACGCGGACAACACCACCGUGGGGCUGGUGCUGUUCUAG